AAUCAAUCCGUCUUAUGAAUUGUAAAAGAAUAAUUUUUCUUAAAAUUUAAAAAGUACAUUCAAAAGAAUGCUAUUCAUCGGCUCAGUUUGUGCUAUAAUUGCGAGUGGCUUCGUGUAUCGCAAUUUUCGAGAAAGUUGCUCUCUUAUGAUCGAUCGAGUUUUAUGUGAUACAAAAUUUACUUUAAUAGCCAUCAGAGAAACCAUUUACGACUUGAUAAAUGUAAAAAAUAAUAAAAAUGAUUGUUCAACUCAAACUGGUAGAGUUGCAAUUGUAACAGGUGGAUCUAGAGGAAUUGGGAUUGAAGUGGUGAAAACGUUUUUACAACUUGACAUGGAAGUAAUAAUUGCCUGUAGAACACCUUCUGCUGGUGAAAAAGCUAUUCUUCAAAUCAGAGAAUCUGGUGUUAAUACUGGACAAGCAAAAGUAUACAAACUUGAUAAUGCUUCUUUAGAGUCUGUAAAACAAUUUGCUGCAGAAAUAAAAAAAGAUUAUACACAAAUUCAUAUAUUGGUGAAUAAUGCUGGUGUCAUGUUUUGCCCUUAUGCAGAGACAGUAGAUGGCUUUGAACAACAAUGGGGUGUAAAUUAUUUAUCACAUUUUUUAUUAACAGCUCUUCUGCUACCAUUAUUAAAAGCUGGUGGUCUUCCACAACAAUCUAGUAGGAUUGUUAAUGUUACUUCUUGUGCCCAUCUUCUGGGUAAAAUUAAUUUCAAUGACAUUAACAACAAGAGGAAGUUCAUUACUGGAUAUGCAUAUGCUCAAAGCAAAUUAGCACAAGAAACAUUUACAAAGAGAUUACAAAGUCUACUACAAGAAAAGCAGUAUAAUGUCCAAGUUUAUUCUGUACACCCUGGUGUAGUGUUUACAGAACUUUUUACACACACUUAUGUAUGGAAAUUCAAAUCAUUUUUUCAAUGUUUUUUCAAGACUCCCAAACAAGGAGCUAUUUCUAUUGCAUAUGCAGCUGUAAAUAAAGCAGUGGAAAAUCUUGGUGGUAUAUAUAUUAAUAAUUGUCGCCCCAGCCAAGUUCAUCCAGAUGCUUUAAAUUUAUCUAUUCAAAAUAAAUUGUUGGAAUUAUCCCUUCAACAAGUACAACUAAAUGAUUUUUUCCAGCAUGUACAGUAA